UUUGAAGCAAUUGUGAAUAUGUGCAACCCUAUCGACUUGGUAUCGGAAGAAGAACUUCGGGAAGUGUUCGAUGUGGUCAGGCGCAAAUGCGAUGUGGGGAAAUUAUGUAUGCAAAACGAUGACAUUGAUGAAGUCGUUUUUGGAUUGAUGUCGAUCGAUCAGGUAAUCAUCGAGGAGCCCAUCGAGCAGACUGCAGGUGCAGGCGAUGCGGUAGAUUCGAACGGUACACAACCCAAAACGCGUAAGAAAAUUCAUCCAGAAGCAGUUCCGCAUUUUCGUACUGAAAUCUUGGCUCAGCGUUAUCGUUGGCACAAAGAAACAGAAGCAAUGAUUAUUGCUCGAAUGCCAUUCGAGGACCAGAUAAAAAGACCUUACUUCCACGUGAAGCCUCUUGAAUGCGAGCAACUGAAAAAUUGGCGUCUGUACCUCGAUUUCGAGAUAGUCGAGGGAGAUGAGCGAAGAAUUACCGUUCUGUUCGAGCGGUGUCUCAUCGCAUGUGCAUUGUAUGACCAGUUUUGGACUAAGUAUGCUCGAUGGACGCAAAAACAGCGCGGUGCUGAUGCGGCCCGUGAAGUCUAUCGUCGAGCUCAACAGCACAUUCCAGGAAAUGUUCGCGUCGCCCUCGCCUUCUCAGCGUUCGAGGAGUCUCUUGGUAUGAAGAAAUUUUUCGAUUUUCUUUUACCCAUUUGA